CCUUUGUUUUGAAAGUAGCUUGUACCGGUGCAUCAUGGGAUACAAAAUGUUUCCUAAGGUAGCUAACUAGUGCUAAUUUACCGGAGAUAACUGGUUAUAAACUCACAGUUUACGCCUUCUUAAAGUCUUUGUAGAUAGAAAAUAUUAAUAUAAUUUUAACUGCACCCAACUGUCGCUAUGUCGGCAGAAGCGGACUGUAGAGUGUCCACCUCCUCCAGCUCCAGGAAGGAUGAAAGGAAAAGAUCCAGAAGCACAGGAAGAGAAAAAAGGAGGCGGAAACGCAGCCGUAGCAGAUCUUCCUCAUCAUCCUCUUCCAGCUCAUCAUCAUCGUCUUCUUCUUCGUCUGCAUCGUCAUCUUCAUCGUCAUCUUCAGGUUCUUCACGGUCAUCCAGCCGAAGUCGCAGCAGCUCUAGCAGUAGUGACUCUCGCAGUAAAUCCAGAAAACAGUCCAAGAAAAGGAGAAAGGAGAAACAUAAAAAAAAAGGGAAGAAAGAGAAACGGUCUAAACGUAAGAAAGAAAAGAAGUCAAAAGGAGAGGAGGACAGCUCAGGACCUGUGCAGAUCUCCAAGUAUUUGAAGGACAGGAAAAAGGGCAAAUACAGCAUGAUUUCAGGGAAGAAGAUAAAGAUGAAAGUAAAGAAAUCAAAGAAAGACAAACAGCGAGACAAAAAUCGAGCAGAGCUUCUGGAGUUCUUGAACUCUACCCUGUAAUCCCGCUGUGAACACCGGUCCUGUUUGUCAGGCCCAGACACCUCAGCAGAUCUCAGGAAAAAAUAAAAGCAGAGUUUUCUGAGAAGGAAAAGAUGACUGUAAAUUGAGUUGCCACAGAGAGGCAGCAGCAACGUUGCCGGAGUGCAGGAGGAGAUAUUUCUGUGGGCAAAACAAGAAGCAGUCACACCGCAGGCUCAUGAUGUACGCGGUGUUAUUAUUAAGCAGUUGGGUAAGUUCAUCUGUGGUCCACCAGAUGGAAAUAAAGUUGCUCACCUGCCUCUGA